AUGAAGGCAGAAGAAAGCCCAUGCAUUCAGAAUAAAAAGUGUGAAAAGAAGAACAGUGCAGACAUAGAGCGGCUCAGGGAAAGACACAGUGAAGCAGCAAGGAGUGAAGGUGAGUUAUGUGUAAGCUCCAAAAGAGAUGAGAAUUCGCUGUUUUCACUUACGAAACGGUUCAUCAAAUUGAUUUACAGUUCUCCAGAGCAACAAAUAAACAUGACACAUGCAGCAGAGAUUCUGCAGGUUUGCAAAAGAAGAAUCUAUGACAUAACAAAUGUACUGGAGGGACUGGGAAUGAUAUCAAAGUGGUCGGUAAACAGUGUGAAAUGGAUAGGAGGGAACGCAGAUGAAAUCCUGGCCAUUGAGGGAAUGGAUGCAAAUGAAAACAAACAAAAUAGAAUUUCAAGGGAUGAGGAGGAAUUGGACAACGAUAUAGAAAGAUUAAAUAGAGAAAUAGCGGAGCUAUCCUCCAAUGAAAAUAACCUAGAGAAUGCAUAUGUUACGUAUGAUGAUCUUCAGAAUUUGAAGAUAUUCCAGAACAAACUGGUAUUUGCAGUUAAGGCGCCUGGCGACACGACAAUGGAGUAUCCAAGAUAUCAGAAGGGAGCAUAUAGGUUGAGACUCAUGGCAGAGAAGGGGCAGAUCUCAGUGUAUUAUGUGAAUAAUGAGACAGAAAAAUAA